GAGGAAAGCCUUUCUUUGAUUUCGUUGUAGUUGUGGUUGUGAGAGAGAGUACAGUUAGCUAUUAAAAUGCCUGAGCCGGCGAAAUCUGCUCCGGCUCCCAAGAAGGGUUCUAAGAAGGCCGUGACCAAGACCCAGAAGAAGGGGGAUAAGAAACGUAGAAAAACAAGGAAGGAAAGUUAUUCAAUUUACGUGUACAAAGUAUUGAAGCAAGUUCAUCCGGACACCGGCAUUUCUUCUAAAGCCAUGGGGAUUAUGAACUCCUUUGUAAAUGACAUUUUUGAACGUAUUGCGGGGGAAGCGUCUCGUCUGGCGCAUUACAACAAGCGCUCGACCAUCACUUCUCGGGAGAUCCAGACCGCUGUGCGCCUUCUGCUCCCCGGGGAGUUAGCCAAACACGCGGUGUCUGAGGGUACAAAGGCUGUUACCAAGUACACCAGUUCUAAGUAAAGAUCUAUGGAACGAAUGCUAACAUCUGUAACCCAAAGGCUCUUUUCAGAGCCGCCCA